AAGCGGAAGCUAACACGAUCCAGUAACACGGUGGAGUUAAUCUGCGUAAAGACUCAGCUGUGAUGGACCAACCCAGAAAGACGAUCCUGUUGGUUCUGUUGGUUCUGUUGGCGUUGGUGUUGGAGGUCCAGGUCGACUGUACAGGUAAUAGAACCAUCUCAGCUCAUGUUGGAGAUAAUGUCACACUGCCAUGUGAGGCUACAGGUGGUGUGGACUUUGAAGCUGAUAUUGUAGAGUGGAACAGAACAGACCUGGAUCCACAUCAGUGUGUCCUCUUCUACAGAGAGGGUAGACCUUAUGCAGAUGACCAGCACCCAUCCUAUAAAGACCGUGUGAAUCUGGUCCAGAGUCAGCUGAUGGGUGGAGACCUGUCAGUGGUUCUGAAGAACGUGACGACAAACGACUCUGGAACGUUUGAGUGUCGACUGAUCCAGAAGUCGAUGUAUGUGAAACGAAGAAAGAGAUCCAGGUCCAGGUCUAACCCUAAACCCAUCAGCACCAUCGUCCUGAAGGUCUCAGAUCCAGGUGUUUGGUCCAUCUCAGCUCAUGUUGGAGAUAAUGUCACACUGCCAUGUAACACUUCAGAUGUUGUGGACUUUGAAGACGUUGCUGUAAAUUGGACCAGACCAGACCUGGGUCCAGAUCAGUACGUCUUCUUCUACAGAGAUGGUAGACCUGAUCCAUAUUACCAGCACCCAUCCUAUCGGGACCAUGUGGAUCUGGUCCACAGUCAGCUGAUGGGUGGAGACCUGUCAGUGGUUCUGAAGAACGUGACGACAAACGACUCUGGAACGUUUGAGUGUCGACUGAUCCAGGAGUUGGAGAACCAAACAGAGGAAUCCAGGUCUGAGUCUAAACUCCUCAGCACCAUCGUCCUGAAGGUCUCAGAUCCAGGUUCCACUGGAAACAGGAAGGAGAAAGAAGACGAAGGAGGACUAAGACGUGGACAUAAAGCUGCACUGGCUGUUGGAGCAGUUCUUAUUGCUACUAUUCUUGGUGUUGUUGCCUAUAUGCAUAUUCCAACCCCCCAGUCCAACCCCCAGUCCGACCCCCCAGACACCAGGAGCACCUGUCUCAGCGGUGCGUUUGUGGGCUGGACUCUGAUGGUUCACGGACACGUGUUCCUGGACGGUGACGAGGCCACGCAGGUCCUGCGCCGGCGGACCCGAGCCAACAGUUUCCUGGAGGAGCUGAAAGCGGGCAACAUGGAGAGGGAAUGUAUGGAGGAGGUCUGCGACUGGGAGGAGGCUCGAGAGAUCUUCGAGAACAAGGAGAUGACGGAUGAGUUCUGGGCCUUAUAUUACGACGGUGAUGCAUGUCAGUCCGUGCCGUGCGCCAACGGAGGAACGUGUAAAGACGGGAUCGGUAACUUCACCUGCUACUGCCGGGACGGAUACACGGGAGUCUCCUGUCACACAAACGUUGGUUUGUCGUGUGAACACAACAAUGGUGGCUGUGAACAUUUCUGCAACGAAGAGGAAACUCCCAAACUUUGCUCCUGCGCCGAUGGAUAUUUCCUGGCAUCAGACAACCAAACCUGCCAAUCCAGCGAAGUCUUCAAAUGCGGCGCAGUCAUGGUUAAUGUUGACGGACAAUCACACAACGGACAUCAGUACUGAGGCCCACGGCGUUAGCCCCGCCCCCUCCACUCCUGCUCACAACGACAGCGUCAGACAGAUCCAACAACAGGGACGAUGGACGGUGACGCAUGUCCUCCAGGAGAAUGUCCAUGGCAGGCUUUGCUCAUGAAUGAAGAUGAUGUCAUCAUCUGUGGAGGAACCAUCCUCAACCAAUACCUGAUCCUGACCGCCGCCCACUGCCUCAACCAAUCACGAUACAUCUACGUCGUCGUAGGUGAGUGGGACAGGUUGGUGAAUGAUGGGAGUGAAGCCGUUCACUCUGUGGAAGCUGUGGUCGUCCAUCAACAUUACAAAGCCGACAGUUAUUUAAACAAUAUAGCGCUGCUGAAGUUAGCCACGCCCAUCCAGUUCAGCCCGUACAUCCUGCCGGCCUGUUUACCGACGCGAAACUUUGCUGAAAAGGUCCUCAUGGAGCAGGACGGUGGGAUGGUCAGCGGCUUCGGUACUUCCUGUCACCAGGGGCACGCAUUCCCGUUUCUCAGGCGUUUAAAGGUGCCCUUCGUGGAUCGGAUCACGUGUAGAACAUCCGUGAACUUCCGGAUCUCCUUUCGUAUGUUCUGCGCCGGCUACGAUACUGUAGCUGAACAGUGCUACAGUGAUAUGGGCGGACCACACGUCACACGCUACCACAACACAUACUUCAUCACCGGCGUCGCCUGCUACCCCACAGCCAAAUACGGGGUCUACACGAACGUGGCCAAGUACCUGAGCUGGAUCCGGAGCGCCAUGGAGACUGUGAUGCCCCAAAAUAGAAGCAACCACCAGGCACCCCCCAAGGCCCCUUCAAAAACCCUGGAUCUGUAA